AUGGUAUUAAUUUCUUACACUAACAUUGUGGUUGAUGAUUUUGGUUAUGCAAAACGUAAUCCACUUAAAAGAUACAUCUAUUUUUUAACUCAUAUGCACUCUGAUCAUUAUUAAGGAAUCACUAAUGGUUGGAAUUAUGGAUAAAUCUUUUGUUCGACUGUCACAAAAGCAUUACUCUUAGUUAAAUUCCCAGGAGUUGUUGGAGUUGUAAUUCAUCAAUAUUUAUAUGUAGAUGACAAUACCAAUGAAAACACCAACAGAAAUACAAUUAUGCUCAAAAUAUAAAGUAAGAGUAACAUUUUUAGAUGCAAAUCAUUGUCCUGGUGCUGUUAUGAUACUAUUUUAAGGAUACUUUGGAACUAUAUUACAUACUGGAGAUAUGAGAUUUAAUUUGGAAAUGAUUCCUAAAAAUCCACAUCUUUACCCUCCUAAAGAUUAUUCAAAUUCCAAUGAAAAGUGUUCAAUUCAUAUUGAUGAACUUAUUCUUGAUAAUACAUAUUGUGAUCCAAUCUUUAAGUUUCCCAAUAGAGAUGAAGCUUUUAAGAUGCUUUGUGAAAUCAUUGAUAAAAAUCCUAAUAAUAGAGUUUUUUUAUGUGUUGAUUCUGUAGGAAAGGAAGAACUUAUGGUUGAAUUAGCUAAGCAUUAUGAAACUAUUAUUGUAGUCAAUGAACAAAGAUAUUAAAUUGUUACUGCUAUGAAUUUUUAUGUUGAAUACUUUACUACUGAUAAAUCUUAAGGAUGGAUAGAAGUUAUAAGAAAAGGAGAUGUAGAAAUUAGACUUAAAGAAAAAAAUACUAUUGCAAUCACUGCAACUGGAUGGGCUAACACAACUAGUUAUUAAAUGCCAGAUAAUAGAAGAUAUGUUAUCCCUUACUCUCUUCAUUCUAAUUUUAAUGAACUACAUCAAUUCAUUAAGAGUAUUCAACCUGCUCUGUUGUAAAAGGUUGUUAAAAAUAACACAGGAAAAAGUAGCAAAAUUUAUAAUAUUACUUAAUUUUCAUAAUAUAUGGUUACUCUUCAUCAUAUAAAAUAAAGAGUAUAAAUUUAAUUUCAUAUUAUUAGGGAUUUGAAUUUUUUUUGAAGAAUUAUACUGAUGAAAAAAGAUUAUCAUAUGAAUAUAGAUCUAUUAUGAUGGAUAGUAGAAAAUAGAAAGAAAUUAAUUAAGAUCUAGGAAUUGAAUUAACUGAAUAAGAUAAUUAAGUGAUUAAUCAAAUGAUAUUUGAAGAUUCUAAUUAGAAUGUUUUCUCUAAAUAAAAGCAGUAUUUUAUUUAAAGUUAUUUUUGUAGAGUUCGUAAAGGAUUCAAGUUGGAAAAGCCAGAAACAAAUAAAAAUUUUAAAAUUACUCAAUUUAUUAGAGCUAAAAAGCAAUUAGUAAAUACAGAAUAAGCAUUAUAAUAAGAAGUAAUUCCAGUAGAUAAAGAAAAAAGAAAAGACAAAAAUGGUGAAAUUAAUGAUAUUACUAAAUAAACAAAGGAUCCAAUACUUAUUGAUUGA